UCUAAUCGCUAGACACGGCGCUCCCCACCGGGCACAACAUUAUCAUGAGAACAUCGUACGUGAUUCCCCCAACAGCACUAAUUCUCCGCACACUGUUCCCCGCGGGCUGUCUCAGCCCGAGGUGCAGCAAGGGCUUUGCAGAGAUGCGGUGAGGGCUACCGCGCUGCCGGGACUGCAAUGCCACAUUCCAGCCCUCUGCGCAACCACACCCUCGUAAUGGCCGUCAGGCGACGAUAAGCCCACCAGCGCCACGCUGCCUCCGCAUUUCCCGCCGUCUCCGCAAUCGCAGCUCCCAGGCACAGGCGUCAGCAUCAGUCAGUCGCCGGCAGACGUGGAGCGCGGUCGGCGCGGGAAAAUCGAUGCGCCCUCGACCUUCCGAGUUCGGCAGCCAGUGACAUUCGCAACACCACACCGCGCACCCCUGCGCACGGCCAGCAUGUCGACUGCCCCAUUCUGCCUUGUCGUCGGCAGUCGUCGGGACUUGGGUGGCUUGCUGCUGAGGCGGCGGAGUCCAGCUGCGACACCUCAGCCUGCUGGGCGAGUGGUCUUGCGCUGUCUGGUGAAAGCGCCUGCACCCCAGACCCGGCACUCCGCAUCAUGCGAGGUCAUGAUCGACCCUGCUGCGGCUCCAGCAUCGCGACUCACGGAGCUAUUAGGCGUAGAGCGGUCUCGACGGCACAGUAGGUUCAACGGCACGCCUUCCGCCCAGGACGAGACUAUUGAUGAGCGCGCCAAAGGGCAGAAAGAGUCGAUGUGGCCAGUUCGCACCACUCCGAUAAUCCCACGGUCGCCUACUCGUCGUCUAUCGUCUCGACCGGAAAAACUAAGAUACGGCGGGCCAGCAACCCCCGUUCUCCAGCUUUCCAGGUUUCCCACGUCGCGCUGCUAUUCUCGUCUGGGGCUUACGUCGUCGGGAUGCUGCGCUGUCAAGAAUUCAGCCAGAUCAGAGCGAGACGACGACCCGACCUGCCCUAUCAGACGGCCAGAGUCAGAUGUGGAUGGGGGUCGCAACACGCAACCCGUACGGCGUGUAACGCUACUCACCACUGCCGCGUCGUGGAGCCGGCGAUGCAAUCAAAAUCCAACCACGCGACCCCGUGUCUGCGAUGGCGACUUUCGCCUCCAAGGUUUGACCCCCAAUGGUCGCUCGACUUCCGCUUCUCAGCGGUACGUACCUCCGUAGUCGCCAGAGAUAAGAAACUCGACCAUCUCCUAACCGCCAGCCUUCGUCGCGCCAAAGAUAGCACGAAUAAUUUCAACCGGGAAUUCCCUCCUGCGGUGAAUCAUGCUCUUAUGGUCUAGCAGGCUUCUAGGUCCCAAACACAACGAUUCUAAGGGCACUGACUCGCUUCUAGCAUGUAACACCUAGAAUUUAGGCGGGCGAUGCGAAGUGUGGG